GCCCGUUCUCCGGUACGCGUGGAGACAUCGAGAAGGGUGGUUCCCUUCUAUCAUCCGUUGCUUGCGGUGAAGAUGGGUAGUCUAUGCUCCGCCUUCACCGCCCUUGCUUCUACGAAAGAUGCCUCCCACGACAGGCUGUACGUGUCCCAGCAGCCCAGCAGGUUGUCUCUAGUUCUUCACAGCGAUCGUCGCUAUGAACCUUGGUCGAAACACAUACCACCGACAGUUUUUGGAGAACCACUCAAGCCAUAUACCUAGUUCUUGCAUCACUGAGGUCGACCCUGAGCGUUUGGAACCUUCUUGUCGUCUCAACCUCGAUGAAAGAGCCUGUUGCUCUCAAUCACGAUGUUCUUCACAGCAUAAUGCUGCAGCUCAGCGUUCAAUAUCGUCCGGAGAAGGCGUUACUGCCUAUGAUGCAGACCUGCAAGGCUUUGCAUGAAUCUGGUCUGCCUAUCCUCCUCGGCAUACCCAUUGAACUUUCCAACGCGAAUGCUGAAGCUUUUUGUCGCUUUGUCUUGAGCGACAAGGUCAAGCUCGGAGGCUUCCUCAGGGAUCUCACUUUGUAUGAUUGUGGUUCCGCCGUCGUCCCCGAACCACAGGUCUUCCGUAUUGCGGACGAUCUGACAGAAUUGUUCAAGUAUACGCCCGGCAUUCGCAAACUCAGAGUCAAGCAUACUCAGAACCUCUGGACCUGGGCGAAACCUCUCUUUCUCGCCAUAGUCGCCUUACCCAAUGUCGAAUGGCUGCAGCUUGAGAAGCUCAGUUUGGAGUCGGAGGCCCAACUAAAGACUAUGACCGUGUCUGCAAAGAGCCUUUCCCUGUCUUUCGGAUGGAAAUUGCAUCCUUAUGACGUUGAUCUUGCAUCGCUAAUCCCCUUCCGCUCUUCCCUCAAAGACCUUUGUUCGACGGUCGUUUCCUUCGUGCAUGUCAACACUCAGUUUGCAGCUAUGCAGACAUUGGCCUUUGACUGGCUUCCUCCAGCAUUUAUCGACGCGCCAGCCUUAGCGCGUUUGUUUCCUAACCUCCGAUCGCUCACUGUUCACCAAUCUGAGACCGCAAACGUCCUCUACAUGGAGGAGGAUUUGAGCCUUAUGCAGCAAAGGAAUAAGGAGAGAUCGGGGGACAUGGCAUGGCAACAGCUGGAUCACCUUGGUGGCUCCCCAGCAGCUUUGUUCACGCUUGGUAUAUCCUGCCCAGUUCAACAUCUGGAGCCGGAGUGGGACUUCGAGGACCACGGUAUGCUGGACAAACUGGUUCACAUCGUAGAAGACUGUGGUCCGCGUUCAAUCGCGUUCACAGCGGCCCCAAGGGACGUCGAAACAAUUCAAGGGAUGCUUGCUUUAUUCCAAGCGUGCAUAGUUCACCCAGAUUCAGUGAUGUUCAUGCUCGAUCUGCAUGAUGAAUCCGUGGACAUCCUAGACCCCAUCAUAAUGGAUGACUUCUUUAAACUUCUACAGGUACUCAGAGCAUCCCAUAUCGAAAUUCACUUGAUACCCCGUUCCGACUUUUCCGGUCCAUUGACUACAUCCUGGUGCUCUGCAGGUAUACGACGUCUCCAUUUGUUUGCCUAUCGUAUCUUGCAGAGCAUGAAUGCUGUUCAACAUAUCCUGAUUGAAAUACCUGGAAUCGAGGCGCUACGCUGGGAGGUUGUCUGUUCAGGAGUGGGUGGCCGCGAGAACUCGUUGCGCGGCAUGUCAAGUUUCACAGCUCGCACUUUACACUUCAUCCCGACCUAGAUAUGUCAUCCCCGAACGAAAUCUGUACGAACGCGGCUUUUGCUCAUCGUGUUGUUCUUUGCACGAAUGAAACCCCUUAGAUGACUGCCUACGUCAUGGCGAUAUACUAACUCGGGAAUCUUGUAUGGUCCAUAUCGUAUUUAUCUAGCUGCUCUGAUGCUAAACGGAAUGACGUUAGUCCAUGUUACGACUUUCUGGUGGAUCGUGAUCGUAUAGGAACCCGGCGUUCCUCAUUGAGACCGGGGCUGGUGCUCUAUACGUAUAGGCCCGCCUGUCUUUCCAUUUCAUGUCUUCAAUAUACCCCAGCUAAAUGUUAGGUCGGAGAACCCGAG